AUGGCAGGCUCUAAGAAGUGCAAAACCCCUAGAAGCUCUGCCUUUGACAAAGACAAUGCUGCAGAACCUAUAAAGAGGUACUUCCAUGAGAAGAUAAGGCUCAUAUGUAUCCUAAAGGAGUUUGUUCUGCAGAAUGAGAUGAUUAUCAAAACUGCCCUGACAGCACUACACAUCUUGCCCAACACUCACAAGCAGCCUUCGCACGGAAGCAUGUCACACAACCAGCCAACCACCUCCAACAGUCAACAUCAGCUGUCUGGCCUUUCUAUGAAGAGAGCUGGCCAGGCUGCACAACAAGCUAAAGGUAAAGACAAGGCAAGGCAAUAUCAGGAUGCAUUCAAUGACAUACCAGUAGAGCAUCCCCAGUACAAAGAUGUGAAUGCAAAUGCACACGAAGGCAAAGGCGAGAACACAGAUGUAUAUGAGAACAAGGAUGAGAGUGCAGAUGUGUGUGAGAAUGAGAGUGAGAAUAGCAAGGAUGAGAAUGGGAAUAAGAGCGAGGAUAAGAAUAGAGACGAGAGCAAGAAUAGGGACAAUGGAGAUAAUAAAGAAUUUGUUCCAAGUGCAACAUCUGAGACUGACACUGCAAGACCUGAGAUAGAUGACAAAGAUUGUUGCUGUUAUGGGAACAACUUCAGGCAGGCUGCUGCUGCUAAACUGGAGCUUGAGUUUAACAAAUACAUUCCUAAAGGCUUCAGAGUAACUAAUAAUGACAAAGAUGAUGAUAGAGCUAACCGUGGAGACAGAGCAAGUGAACAUGGAAACAGAGCUAACUAUGAAGACUAUGCUGACUGUGCAAAUGGUGCUGACUAUGAAGAUGAUAUCAACUACAAAGGCGAUGCUGACAGCGAAGAUGAUGUACCAAAGCAAAAGAUAUGGUGCAGUAAAACCAUUGGGCCUUAUCUUAUAACUUACAUUUAUAUUGGAGCAAGCACUCCAAGGUUGACAUAG